AUGGGACCAGAUAAAGCAAAUGAUGACUUCUUUAAUUGCUGGCCAAAACACAUUGAUGAAAAGAAUGGAACAAUUGGACCGAACCACACAAGGCCCCACCCUGAAUCAGGACAAAGGCAAGGCGCCAAUGAACAACCAAUUUGUCCCACCUUUUCCAGCAGUUUUAACCAGUUCGAUCACUUCGGCCAUAAUGGCACCAGGCAACCCGAAGGCCCAGGAAGCAAGGGACACCAACAAGGGCCCGAUUUCCAUUUUAGGUUCGGCUCUAGCAGCCAGCAACAAGCGCCCCAAAACCAGCAUUUUAGUAAGAACCAGGGCAAAGAUGAAAGUGAGGAAGAUGAGGAUAUGGUGUUUGUUGACGGAGAACCCUUUAGAGGCAGACGCAACCAUACCCAGCCAAGAAGAAGAACCCCAACCAUUAAGAUUGACUUCCCACGUUUUACAGGGAUUGAUGCCAAAGAUUGGCUCUUCAAAGUUGAAGAGUAUUUUGAUUGCCAUAGCGUCCCGGAGAAUGAAUGGGUUACAACAGCUAUCCUCAACUUCGAUGGAGAAGCUAUGAAGUGGUAUCGUUGGUUCAAACGCCAUCAGCCCAACAUCACUUGGGAAAAUUUCAGUGAGGGUUUGCAAACACGAUUUGGUGAAUCAGCCUACACGGAUUUUGACAUAGAACUUAAAGAUUUGGUACAAAUGUCCUCAGUCCGAGAAUACCAAAGCAAAUUUGAAAGUCUUUCCUCCAUGGUUGAUUGGACCACCAAGUCACUAAUCGGUGCCUACAUUGGCGGCCUCAAAGAAGAAGUCAAGAUAGACGUACAGCGAAGAAAAUACACCGAUUUGGUUGAAUGUUUCGCAGAGGCUCGAGCAGUAGAAGAGAGAAAUAGGCGCAAGAAUGCCUUACGAAAACCCUACAAGGGCAACGAGCCAACCAAGUACAAAGGGCUACCACCAAGAAAGCCUAUGCCCUACAAAAGAGAAGAACAAAAACCCCUCUACCAUGAUCGAGUGCCUACCACUUACAUGACUAGCGAUGAAGAAGAAGAGUCUAGCCAAGACACAAAUCCACCUAGUCCGAAUGAGGCCAAGACUGAUACAAGUGCAUCUGAGACUAUUGAAGGGACAUGUCAUGCCUUGACAGACCCAAAAAGACCGAAUGCCAUGAGAGUUGUUGGUAAGAUUGGAAAGCAUAAAGUAGUAGUACUCCUAGACUCGGGUGCUACACACAAUUUUGUUAGUGAAGAAGCAGCUCAAGCAGUUGGGUGCCCACUAGAAGAACAACAGCCAAUCUCAGUCAUGGUAGGAGAUGGAUCCAAACUCGUAUGCACACAAAAAUGCAAAGGGGUCCUACUAUGCAUGCAAAAGGUACCAUUCACGGUUGAUCUUUUAGUACUCCCCAUCGGUGGUGUCGAUGUGGUAUUGGGGGUACAAUGGCUAGAGACUCUAGGGGAAAUCUCUUGGAAUUUCAAAGACAUGAGUAUGUCUUUUGCUAAGGAGGGAGGUGACCAAAACGUCACCCUAAAGACAGUAAAUACCAACGUUAAACCAAAGGCAGCACUUAAAGCUCUAGUCGCCCAACAACCAGCGUUUUGGGUUGUUACUAUGGCCACUGACAUACCUGCCAAAGAUGAGCAAGAAGAAAAUAUACCAGCCGAGGUUCAACACGUGCUUGAACAGUUUUCAGAUCUCUUUGAGGAACCAAAGGGACUUCCUCCACGCCGAGCUUAUGACCAUAGAAUCAUCAUGAAUCAGGGCGCUGAACCUGUCAACGUUCGGCCUUAUCGUUAUGGUCAUCACCAAAAAGUAGAAAUUGAAAGAUUGGUUAAGGAAAUGAUAGAGGGUGGUAUCAUACGCCCUAGCUGCAGUCCUUUCUCCUCGCCAGUCUUACUAGUUAAAAAGAAAGAUAACACAUGGCGCUUCUGCGUGGACUAUAGAGCACUAAAUGAGGCAACCGUGAAGGACCGACAUCCAAUACCGGUAAUCGACGAACUUCUAGAUGAGUUAACCGGUGCCUCUGUGUUUUCCAAAAUAGACCUACGGGCAGACUACCAAUAG